ACAUGGACGCGAGAACAGGCAGAGGCUGCUCUUCGCGAGCGGAGAGAAAAGCGCAAGAAAAGGCUAAAAUAAUCCAGCGCGAGGCCCAGAGACAAACAGUGAAGACGAUCUCCAGGAUUCUGCUGAAGUGUAUGGGUGAGCGGACGAAGGAGGAACGUGCACUGCUGCAGCUGCAUCAGGACACCGUACAGGAGCUAAGCAGGCGACAGACGCGCAGGAUUCUGCUAAAGAGAAAACAAGAGGAGGUGUUUGAUGAUGUUGAUAAUCUGAAGACUAAAGUGAAGCAGCUGGCAGAGGCGAUACAACAGGCCAAGCAUGUUGUCAUCUACACUGGAGCAGGAAUCAGCACUGCCGCCUCCAUCCCAGAUUAUCGGGGGCCCAAUGGGGUUUGGACUCAGCUGCAGAAGGGCCGAUCUGUGAGUACAUCAGACUUGAGUCGAGCUGAGCCCACUCUCACACACAUGUGCAUCUGGAUGCUACACAAAAUGAAAAUGGUCCAGCAUGUUGUUUCACAGAACUGUGACGGUCUUCACCUGCGUAGUGGACUGCCCAGACAAGCUCUCUCUGAACUCCAUGGAAACAUGCUCAUCGAGGUGUGUGUUUCCUGCACUCCAGCACGAGAGUUCAUCAGAUUGUUUGACGUGACCGAGCAUACAGCUCUGCAUAGACACGGUACCAGUCGUCUGUGUCCAGACUGCAGACUGGAGCUCAGAGACACCAUUGUGCAUUUCGGUGAACGUGGCACCCUGGAACAACCACUCAACUGGAAGGGAGCGGCUGAAGCGGCAAAACAGGCUGACGUGAUCCUCUGUUUAGGAUCCAGUUUGAAGGUGUUGAAGAAAUAUUCCUGCUUAUGGUGCAUGAACAGACCAGCAAAUAAAAGACCAAAGUUGUACAUUGUAAAUCUACAGUGGACACCGAAAGAUAACUUCGCUACUCUGAAGAUUCAUGGGAAGUGUGAUGCUGUGAUGGGUCUACUCAUGAAGGAGCUGGGCUUUGAGAUUCCAGUCUACAACAGAUCAAAAGACCCCAUCUUCAGCUUGGCCACGCCACUCUGUGCAGAGGAGAAGGACAGUCAUAGUCGUAAAGAGAUAGCACCUCCUGCUCUGGAGGAUGUUUCACAAGACCCACAGGUCCAAGAUGACAUUGUAGUGGUUCAAGGUGGCUGGUUUGGAAGAGGAUACUCCAAAGCAAGGAAAAAAAAGAAAGCAAUGUAAUAAAGCUGAAAAGCAGGACAUGUUCCUAAAACCUCUUGGCACACAGUUGCUCAAACACUGUUAUAUGUUUGCUUAAGACAAAGCAUUCUUAACAGCUCUGGCUAAAUGUUUUUGAUAGGCCAUUACAGAUCUAAAUGUGUUGUUACAACUACAUGGGCCAAGUGUAGCUGCUUUCCUGAAAAGGAAAACUUGUAGCAGAGCAAGACCUCUUCAGUGGACUCGGGAAGAGGUUUAUCUGUAAGCAGUUUGGCAGGUUUACAAUGAUGGUUUAAUUUGCUAGGUGCACUUUAACUCAGCUCUCAGGUUUUUACAGUAAUCAAUAUAUGAUUCUCAUGACAGCAGUUGAACACCACAUUGCUGAGAUCAGCAGACUAAAGUUUUUUUUAAUUAUUUUUAUUUUUUUGCUAUUUUAAAUGCCUGGUUAUAAUGGUUUACCCAAAAAUUAUUAUUGACAUAAUUUGAUAACCCUCAUAUUCUUGCAAAACCGUAGGACUUUCUUCUAUGGUACACAAUUAGAGAUGUUAAGCAGAAUGUCUAGAAUGCUCUUUCCUUACAUAAUGGUGACUGGGGAUCUUGAGCUCCAGAAAUAGUAUUAUAGCACCAUAAAAGUAGUCCAUAUGAAUCAUGCACUAUAUUUUAAGUCUUCUGAUUGCUUCCUGUGAGAAACAGAUCCAAAUUUAGGCCAUUAUUCACUAAUAAUCUUUCCCAAAUUUUUGACAUCACUGACAGCAAAAACCAUUAGUUUGCACAUAUCUUGUAAAAGUAUUUAUAAAAAUAAUAUACACAUGGGAAAGAGAUAUUAGAGCUGCAGCAGAUAGGAAGUUUUUAAGUGAAUAUCAAAAAUGUGGGUCUGUUCAACACGCAAAGCUAUUGUUUGACUUCUGAAGACGUGGAAUAUAUUGUACGAAAUGUAUGGACUACAUUUAUGGUGCUUGAAAUGUGUUUGUUUUGUCUUUUUUUGGAGCUUUGUCACUGAAUUUAAAGGAGCAGCAUGAACAUUGUGCUUAACAUCUUUUGUGUUCCACAGAGGAAAUGUAGAUUUAUUUAUUUUUUAAUUGACAUUUUUGGGUGAACUGUUCCUUUUGAGAAUAAAGUUGUUUACAACAAGUCAGUGUUACUGGAUUGAGUAAAAAUGUAUGCUUAAUGCAGUCAUUUAAAUGUAAUCCACUAUUAGAGUUAUUGCUCCUUUGCCAAAUAAGAAUAUUUCAAAAAGAAAUUUUUAUUGUGACCUUUAAUUUUGGUGCUAUAACAAAUUAAUAUCAUACUUUACAUUGUAACUUGCUAUGUACAUGCAAGACACAAAACCUCACAAGUGGAAAUCAUGACUAUGAUUGACAAUUAUAAUUAUAAAAAAAUAACUUGAACCGAGUCAAACGUAUGUUUGCAAAGAUGUGCUAGCAGUUUAUAUGUUGUGUAUGUUUAGACUGCUCUAAGUGUUAUCUUGUACAUCUCAGAUUUUGCACUUAUUGUUGGAACUUUUUGCACUGAUUGUUGAAAUUUUGUCCAAGUUUACACACUAUGGGCAUUUUAUUUUAGAAGUUUGGAUUUCUACAUAAUACUAUAUAUAAAACUUGAGUUUUGAGGAUUUACAUGAUGUUUUUUUAUGAAUCUAAAAUAAAAGAUAGAAAAGUCUUGUUACA